AUGCAGCCUCUCGUUGAAAACAACGUGAUUAUCAAAGGAUACCGUAUCGCCUACGGUGUUCAUGGCUCUGGGCAGCCCGUCGUUCUUUUACACGGGACUCCGUCUUCGUCCUUGAUCUGGCGCAAAGUGUUACCUCAUCUUACAGGUUCCGGGUACAAAGUCCAUGUCUACGAUCUGCUUGGAUAUGGUCUUUCAGAGCGUCCAUGGGAUCCAGAAAUUGACACCUCCAUCUCUGGACAAGUACCUAUCCUGGAGGCACUUCUCGAUCACUGGAAACUUGAAACUUUUCAUCUGAUUGCUCACGACAUUGGAGGCGGAAUUGCGCAGAGAUUUGGUGUUUUCUUUCCCCAUCGGCUACGCUCCUUGUCAUUGAUCGACGUAGUGAGCUUCGACAGCUACCCUUCAAAAAGAACAAAAGAGCAGAUGAAGAACGGACUGGAAACCCUUAUAAAGACAAAGAACGAUGAACAUCGAUCGCACUUCAAAGACUGGCUACUUUCUGCGGUAUAUGAUAAACAAAAGUUUGCUGAUGGCAACCUUGACGCCUUUCUGGAAUAUAUCUCUGGACCUAUUGGCCAGAGCAGCCUGUUCCAGCACCAGGUGCGACAUUACGAUCCCAAACAUACGAUGGAAAUUGCCCAUCAACUACAUGAGCUGAGCGUCUUGCCUGUGAAAAUUGUCUGGGGCGCUGACGAUGCAUGGCAAGUUGUAGCCUGGGGCCAUAACCUCAACAAAGCUAUUCCAGGGUCUGAAUUGGAAGUGAUUGAGCAUUGUGGACAUUUUUCACCGGAGGAUCAACCGGACAAGAUCGCGGAGAUUUUGAUUUCGUUUCUUAAUCGUCAUAAAAAUAGCCACAGUCCUGAGACUUCAUAG